GAAAUUUGCGUGACUGGCUACUGCUAUUCUAAAUUCUGAUUUACGAUAGGUUUUUGUUUGAGUUCCAGCUUGCCGGUAUUUCUAUUUUCUUGCUGAAACUCUGACAUAAAUUUGUUUGUAGAAUUUACAAAUUGUUAAAAUAAAAUGAAACCCAGAGGCGGUGAUGACUUCGAAGAGCCUGAGCAUAUGCGGAAACUCUUCAUAGGCGGAUUGGACUAUAGAACCACUGAUGUGUCAUUGAAAGAGUUUUACGAACAAUGGGGUGAAAUAGUUGACGUAGUUGUGAUGAAAGAUCCGCAAACGAAGAGGUCUCGCGGAUUUGGUUUUAUCACAUACUCUCAUGCACACAUGGUGGAUGAUGCGCAAAGGAAUAGACCUCAUAAGAUCGAUGGAAGGAUUGUGGAGCCUAAGAGGGCUGUACCAAGAGAAGAAAUAAAUAGACCUGAUGCAAGUGCGACUGUUAAGAAAUUAUUUGUAGGUGGAAUGAAACAAGAUAUAGAGGAGGAAGACCUAAGGUCCUAUUUUGAAUCAUAUGGAAAUAUUGUUAGUGUCAGUCUUGUUACUGAAAAAGAUACUGGCAAGAAAAGGGGCUUUGGAUUUGUUGAAUUUGAUGAUUAUGAUCCUGUUGACAGAAUAUGCUUGCAUCAGAGUCACAAAAUUAAGGGGUUCAGAGUUGAUGUGAAAAAGGCCAUGUCAAAGUCUGAAAUGGGAGGCAGUGGUACUGCUGGUGGAGGUGGAGGAGGUGGGAAUAAGAGGGGUGGUAGAAGUGGCUGGAGUAAUCGGCAGGAUAAUCAGGAUUGGGGCAAUUCUGGUGGCUGGAACAAUCAAAACCCAUGGGACAAUGGAGACAAUUGGGGUAACCAAGGAUAUGGAAGCCAGGGUGGUGCCUGGAACCAGCAGUCAGACAAUUUCGGGACUGGAUAUCAACAGAACUAUGGAGGUGGACCAAUGCGUCCAAAUUUUAAUGCAUCCAGACAACAACCUUAUAAUUCAGGGGGUUAUAAUACAGCUGGUGGGCAAUCUUACAACAACAUGGGAAGUGCGACCGGAAACCAGAGACGUUACUAAACUUGGCUUCUUGUAUGAAGUUGUGCUUAGUUGAAGCUAGGCAGGAAGUUAGAUUAGGACUAACAUCGUGUUAUGAGGGCCAUCCAGCAACUACAACAAUGUAGGCAGGUUCAUGUAAGGUUUGUUCCUAUAUCGGGGAUAUGUUUUCUUUUACACAAAUCACAGUUUUUACAUAAUAUUUCACAUAACACCACCAGUUUGUGUAUUCCUUAAGUUUGAAGUGAAUUAUUUUAUGUUUAUUAAUUACUGUAAAAGCUGUGCUAUUUAGGCAAUAAGAGAUAAAAUGUUUAUAUACUUAUAUUUAUCCUAUGAGACAUGUUAGUAUUACAUUCCAAUUAUUAAAAGAAAUUUAGUCAUCAUACAGAUUAUAAAUAUUUUUGUUGUCUUAAUGAACUUCAUAUAAACAUUAUUUUUCCUAUUUGCAUAUAAGAUUAUUUACAUUAUUACAUUAUUGUUCCUAGGCAUUUUAGAUGUUAGACAUACUAUAGAAUAAUCAAAUGUAUAUCUACCACAGAUAAUUGUAUUUUAUUCUGUUAUGGGGUUUCUCUUUAUGUGUUGUUAUAAGCAAGAAAUUGUAAUUUUAGUUUUUGUGUGCAAUUUAUUAAAUAUACACUAUUUUCCAUGGACUAUUCUACACUUGAGCCAUCGAUCGUGAUCGUGGAAAAGGCCAUGGUGAGUUGGUUUCAUUGAAAUAAACUAAUUAUAAUUAAA